AUACAUUCUCAUACUAUCCCAUUUGGACAUUUUUUCCGCAUUUAUGAUUGUGUAAUGUAUAAUUAUAUUCCGCACUUAUAUUUGCGGUGUAUAAGGUGUAUAAUUAGUUCCCAUAGAUAUAAGUGCAUCAAUUUGGAUGGUGAAAAAAUGUGAGUUUGGUAGCAAAAUCAAUGGCAACUAGUUUUGGUUUUUUCUUUUAAAUUUUAAACAUAAAACAAAAAUAUAUGUCUUUUGUAAAAUAAAAUAAAAUAAAAUUGGGUGUAAAAAAAUAUAAUAGAAAAAUCAUCUUCAAAAGAAACAGAGUUGCUGCUUGUUUAUGUUUGCAUUGCUCAAAUUCUUUUGAGGAGAAUCAAGAGAUCAAACCAAGCGGUGAUGAAGAGAUUGCUACUGCUGCUAAAACCCUUCAGCGUUUCGGCACCACCUCCCCACACUCACCCUCAGAUCUUACACUUCUUGGAUAGUAGGCGUAAGGUGCACCAUGAUACCAUAAACUUUUGUGAAGCAAUUUUAAAGAAAAAGUCAGUUGAAUGGAAAGCUGUGCCACGUAACAACUUGUCACAGCCAAUCAAUGAAGUGGACUUGGUUGUUACAGUUGGUGGUGACGGAACUCUUCUGCAGGCCAGCCAUUUCAUGGAUGACAAAAUUCCUGUUCUUGGAGUGAAUUCUGACCCUACGCGGAUUGACGAGGUGGAACAGUUCAGCAGUGAGUUUGAUGCUAGCAGAAGCACUGGCCAUCUUUGUGCUGCAACUGCUGAAAACUUUGAACAGGUCUUAGAUGGUAUACUUGAAGAUCAAAUUGUUCCUUCCAAGUUGACAAGGAUAAAGAUAUCUGUUAAUACACGAGACUUGUCAACUUAUGCUCUAAAUGAUAUCUUAGUUGCACAUCCAUGUCCUGCUGCACUUUCUAGGUUCUCCUUCAGAAUCAUGAAGGAUGGUCAGCCAGGUUCACGACUAGUUAACUGCAGAUCAAGUGGUCUAAGAGUUUCAACAGCUGCUGGUUCAACAGCUGCAAUGCUUUCAGCUGGUGGAUUUCCAAUGCCCAUUUUAUCUCAGGAUCUCCAGUACAUGGUAAGGGAGCCUAUUUCACCGGGGGCAGUGUCAGACUCUAUGCAUGGACUGAUCAAAGAUGACAAUACACUGAACACUAAUUGGUCUUGUGGAAAAGGUGUGAUAUAUAUUGAUGGUUCUCAUAUCAACUAUACUGUCGAAGAUGGGGAUAUCAUUGAGAUAUCUUCCAAAGCUCCGAGUCUGAAAGUUUUCUUGCCCGAUCACUUGUUAUGAUCAGAAAACAUGUGAAUUAAAGUGAAUGCGGCACCAUAUGAUUUUGAAGAGGAUUAACAAAUUUUAUUGGAGGAUCUGGGUGUGCAAUGCAAAAAAGUUAGGCCACAUGAGCUCAGAUAACUUUAAGCUUGCAAUGCCGCACACCUUCUUAAGGAUUGAGCUACAAAUACAUUUCAGAGUCUCAUACAUUAAUAUCCAGAUUCCAAGUCCUGAAGAUGAAGCAGAAUUUACUUUGAAACUGACGAGGAUAAAGUUUCUCAUAAGCUUCAACUGGAGUAGUUUCUUAAUGGGCAGUCUUGCAGUUCAUCAUCUCCAGGGCUUUUUGCUGAUAAUAUUUCAUUAAUUCUUAUAAUCCUUUGGUAGGACAGUUUAUUGGUCUCCCUGGAGGGAUCAAGAGUUUAUGUUAGACCCCUUGUCCUUAAUGUUAAAAACUAGCCAUCUUGAACUUGUUUACUGUAUUUUGGUACUAAUAGCUGUAAAGAAUGCCUUUGCAAUUCAUAUGCAUGGCCAAAGGGAACUCUUUUGUAACACGAAGAUUAACAUUUUUGGACUGAUACAGACCAAGGUCAUGUUGAAAUUAUGUUUC